AAAUAUCACUCUGAAGUGAAACACACACACACACUGGGAAGAGUGGCGACGGCCCCAAGACAGUUAUCACCGCUGAAGGCUUCCUCCGCCUCACAUACCGUGUGGACAGCGAUGGCAAAGUCCUUAGCGAUUGGGUCACCAUGAACGACGAUGUACUUCGCGAGACGACCAAUCUCUGGUGCGCCAGCAAGUGUACGCCGAGCAUAUCGUGCGCCUCCAUGCAGACAUUGCUCCUCUCGCUAUACUGCCUAUUCUCCACCACGUUCGCUAUACAACCCGGCAGCCUCCGCAAAAACCAGGUCAUCGACGCCGCCACCCUUCAACAAAUCAAAUUCGUCAAACGCUUCUUCUUCACCGUCUUCAACGACCGCUAUGACAGCAAAUCCAAAAGCUACAACACUGCCUCUACCUACACUGCCGUGUCUAUCCAAGCUGCUGUUAACGAGUAUAUCUGCUUCCAAGACCUUUUGUGCAAUGUGGGUAGGGGUAAUCCGGUUUUUGCGAGCCUGUUGGGUGACAUUCAGUAGUGUGCUAGAUUUGCUAGUGAGACGGAGGAGGAGGAGAGGAUGUAGUAUGAGGAGGGCUAUGGUGAGGAGGAUGAGGGCGUGAUCAUCUACAAGGGAGCACAAUUUCAAGGCCAACCCCUCACGCCUCUGACGGACGCCACAUCACCAUCAGCCACUUUGUAACCCCAGCCUGGAGGUACUGAGACUGGCCAAAGAAGUAAACACUUUUGGUACCGGCUCUCCUAGACCUACGACGACCUCCUUAUAGAUCAUAUCGAAGGGUACUCAAGAACGCUACUCGGCAUCUCAAGGAGACGGAUAAUGUCCUUAACAAGACCAAGAACAGGGCUCGAU